GGCGCUUCCAGGGUUUCCAUGGCUGCUGCAUAGGCGACAGAGUUUCCGCUUCGUUCUCUGGUCGUAUUGCCGCUUUAUAGCUGAGGCUUUAGGGCAGACGUUACACGGAAGCCCUGACUGGGUUGACAACUCCAAGAAAGCGGUCCAGGUGGUUGCGGCACACGGGCUAGUGGCCCCGAGGAAGGUUCUACUGGACGGGGGCAGCUUCUACUCCAUGGCGGGAGCCAAGCUCAAGGCACAGCUGGGGCUCACUGCCGCGGACAUGGACGCCGGGGGCCACCGGGUUCACACCGCCACCGGGAAGAUAGAGGCGCUGCAGGGGGGGCUGACCAGGAACCCGGUCCCCAUAAUCCUAAAUGCGGGGACCCCAGAGAAGCUCACACUCUACGAGCGGUUGGCCUUGACCGAUUCCACCGGCUACGACCUCCUUGUUGGGACGCGGGCGGCGUACCCCGCUGGUCUGUCGGUAGAUCGGUGGACCGAGGAAGCAACCUAUCGUGCGGACUGGAGGGGCGAGGGGAGAGUGGUGGGCAGGCUGCCUAUGCGCCUGCACCAAGAGCGGGAGGAGAAGACUCGGGGGGCAGGCGAAGGCGGGAGUCAGGAGCAGGGGAGCAGCGCUGGCCCCGGUGUCCCCCACGAUGAUGCUGCGCGGAGGCGGGCAAAGGUUGACAGGGUGGACAAGUGGCGCGCGAGGCGGUGGCCGCGAGGCCCACCACUGGAUGUGACGCGGGAGGCGGAGGCCGCGGUUAAGAGAGCGAUAGGGGAGAAGCGGAGAAAGGUGGCGGUGCCGCAGAGGAUAGAAAUAGAACAGCUGCGCGGGUGUCAGCCCCUGGACUGGCGCGUGAUUCAGCCCCUGCCGCGGGACAGGCCCCUGCGUGUGUUGGAGUUGUUUGCGGGGGUGGGGGCGGCCACGCAGGCGCUGGCGCGGGUGGGAUACCAGGACAUCAGGCUAGUCACGCGCGAGCAGCUGAGCGAACUGGGGCCGGUGGACCUAGUCGUCGCGGGGUGGCCUUGCCAGGGCAGCAGUGCGGCCGGAACGGGGCAGGGGUUGGACGACGGACGGUCAGGCCUGGUGGUGGAGCUUCUGCGCGUUAUGCGCAACCUGCAGGCGCUGCACCAAGGCUGGGGACGGCAGCUCGGAUACCUGAUAGAGCACGUGGCCGCAGGGUUCGAUAAGCGGCCCAAGGUCAGGGAGCACUACGAGGCUGUACGCGGGCUGUUAGGGCCAGAGGUGGUGGUAGACGCGGCGCAGCUGGGGUCCCGGGCGCACAGGCUGCGGGCCUGGUGGACGAACUUAGAAGGGAUGGCGCUCCUUCGUGAGGCCUUAAGCCAACAGAAGCGUCCGGAGGGGCUAUUUGUGGGCCAGGUGCUGGGGGCAGGGCGCAGGGCGAAGCAGCCGCGGAGCGAGGGAGUAGCCCCGUGGGCGAAGGUGGAACGGCCAGGGGAGGCGCGGAGGGCGCUCAACACUUUUGUCAGCUACAGUGGCUCAUACGCCUUCUCGCGUGCGGGCGGGGGGGUGCUGCGCUGUGAGCGCCCAGGCGGCCAAGUGACGUUUGAAGAACCCACCGCUGAAGAGCGAGAGCUGGCGAUGGGCUUCCCGCGUGGGUUCACUGCCGCCCCGGGCGUCUCUGAGAAUCUGAGGCGCGAGCUGCUUGGCCAAACGAUGGACCUCAACACCGUGAUGUGGCUGCUGGCGGCGUGCAGGGCAGGAGGGGAGGCCCGGGCCAGGGCGGCAGCAAGCGGCGCACGGUUGAGGGAAGCUGAGGGGGUGGCAGGCAGCGCCAGGCAUGGGCGCAAUGAGGCAGAGCUGGCAGCAGGAGCGGUGGGGUACGAGCAGCUGGCAGGGCGGAGCGUAGAAGCUUUGUUGGAGGCCGCGUCGGCGCAGGCCAGGGGAGAAGCCAGUGCGGUGUCCAAGCCGGGGGAGCAGGAGCAGUCAAGGCAGGGGCCAGGAGCUGGCGCUGGUGGUGGGGCGCAGCUGGAGGGGCCGGGGCCGCCAAGGGGAACGGUGGCAGGGAAGGGCUGGACGGUGGGGGCCCAGCUUAACGAAGAAAAGCGGGAGUACGCGGCGGCGGUGGCGGAAAAGAACAGGGAUGUGUUCGCGUUUAGCUUGGAAGAGAUAGGGGAGUUCAAGCUAUUCGAGGUCGAGCUGGACCUGAAAACGGAGCAGCCAAUCUUUGAGCGAAGGAGGAAGCACAUCGCGCGGGAGUGGGAACUUGUCGAUGAGCGGUGCCAGGAGCUGGAGAAGGCAGGGAUAAUCGAGGAGUGCGAGUCAGACUUCGCGGCCAACUCGGUGAUGGCCGCCAAGAAAGACCCAGAGGGGAAUUGGAAGUUGGCUCGGUUCUACACCGAUCUAAGGCGGGUCAACGAGCAGACCGCGCAGGACCGCUACCCCAUGCCGCUGCCGGAGGACGUGCUUGAGGGGCUGGGGCACGCACGGUUCUACUCGACGAUCGACGUGAGGGGGGCGUUCCACCAGCUGGUGGUGAGGAAGCAGGACAGGAGGAAGCUGGCCUUUUGGAGCAGCAACAAGCUCUACUGCUGGAAGCGCUGCCCUUUUGGGGCAAGGAACGCCAGCGCCUGGUUCCAGCGGGCGAUAGAUCGGACGCUGCGGGGGCUGGAGGGGUUUGCACGCAGUUUCGUAGAUGACUUGCUGGUGGCAGGCGGGGAGACCCUCGAGGAGCACAUGGAGCUAGUGCAGAGGGUACUGGACAGGCUGCGGGAGGUGGGCCUGAAGUGCCACCCGGAGAAAUGUUGUUUCGGCGCGGAUUUGGUGGAGUACCUCGGGAUGUGGCUGCGGCCAGGGGUCGUGUCCCCGCAGGUGGCGAAGGUGGCUGCGAUAGCCGCACUCCCAAGGCCCACCGAUGUCACCCGGGUGCAGGCCCCGCUAAACGAGCUGACGAAGAAGGGGGUGUCGUGGCGCUGGGGAGAGGAGCAAGAGAGCGCCUUCCAGGCCCUCAAGCAGGCCCUGCAGGGGAGCCCUGUACUAGCGCUCCCCAGGCGGGGGCGGCCGUUUCGCGUCCGCUGUGACUGGAGUAAGCGCGGCGUGGGUGGGGUCCUGCUACAGGAGGACGAGCAGGGACUGGAGCGGGUGGUGGCCUACGGGAGUCGCAGCUGCAACCAGGCGGAGUCCCGGUACAGCAGCUUUGAGGGCGAGCUCCUGGCCGCGGUCUACUUCGUGCGGUUCUGGCGCCAGUACUUGUACGGGGAACGGUUCGUACUGGAGAGCGACCACCAACCGCUGAAGUGGAUCCUCACCAACUCGAAGCUCACAGGCAAGUUGGCGCGGUGGGCACUACUGCUGAGUGAGUUUGACUUCGAGGUGAAGCACAAGCCCGGGGUGGACAACGAGAUGGAUUGCCUCAGCCGGUACCCCAGGGAGAGCCAAGAGGAUAGCACGGGGGUGCGGCAGAAAGGGGAGCUGGAGAGCGAGAGCGCGCCGGUCUGGUCGGCGGCGGCCUGCCUGUCUUGGCAGCCCAGCGCAGCCGUGGUGAGCGGGGCAGACGGCCUGGUGGGCGCUUUGGCCCCCGUGGACGUGUGGGCCGAUGAGGCCCUGCUGGGAGUGCUCAAGGGGGACGGGUACCCCCUUCGCUGCGCGCCAAGGGAGAGAGAUCGGCUGCAGCACCGCGCGCGGGGCUACGAGUGGAGGGGGGACCACCUUGUACGCAGCCUGGUAUCGGGUGGCCAGGUGCGGGUGGUCCCACGACCGGAGGUCAGGGUGCGACUGGUUAAGGACGUGCACGAGCGAGCAGGGCACAUGGGAGCACGCAAGACGCUGUCGUUGCUGAGGCCGCACUAUUGGUGGGUGGGCCUGGCGGCGGACGUGGGGAAGGCGCUGAGGGGGUGUGAGGCGUGCGACCGGGUGAGGGCCGCGUUCAACGCGAAGCACCCCACGCUCCAACCCCUGCCCAUCAAAGGGCUGUUCUACCGGUGGGGUCUUGACUUCGCGGGGCCGCUGCCGCGCUCCCGGCGGGGGAACCACUACGUGCUGGUGCUGGUGGAGCACUUCAGCAAGACCGUGUCCCUGGUUCCCACGCAAGAUAAGGAGCCCUCCACGGUGGCAGAGGCGUUCACGCGGGAGGUGCUGACGCGGUUUGGAGCGCCCGCAGAGGUGGUGACGGACAGGGGCGGGGAGUUCGCUGCAGAGUUCCAGGCGUGCCUGGACGCGGCGUUGGUGGACCACAGGGCCACGUCCGCCCACCACCCGCAGGCGAACGGGCUGAGUGAACGCGUAGUCCAGGUGGUCAAGCGGGCGCUGCGCAAGUGGUGCCUGGGGCACGCAGCGGAGGACUGGGACCUUUACCUCCCCUGGGUGGCCAUGGGGUACAACUUCAGCACGCAGGCGUCACUGGCAUCGUUCUCCUCGUACCAGCUCGUGCACGGACGGUCUCCCGUGGUCCCAGGGGCCAUCAAGGUGGAGAUCGCUGAGCCCCUGGACCUGGACAACGAGGAGCGGCUGGUAGCGCUGGUGGCGGAGCGCGCGAAGCUGUUCGAACGGUGGAUGCCCAUGGCGAUGGGCAACCUGGAGAUCGCCCAGCACCGCGACACCCUCCGGUAUGCCAAGACGCGGAGCGGUGCCUGGAAGCCGCAGGCAGUCAGGUACGAGCCGGGGGACUACGUGUACCUGCAGCGAGAGAUGCUGGAUACGCUGGACACGCGGGCGGGGCCGCACAUCCUCAGGGUGCGCGAGGUGGCGGCCAACGGACGGUGUCCUGGAGCUGGAGGGGGCUGA